AUGUCACAGAACCUCAUGGAUACCCAACCUGGUGGUGACACCGAGGGCUCCACAUCGCAGUACACAGCUAUCAACACCGUCACAGUCCCGCAUAAGAAGUCGGGUGGUCAAUUCGGCAACCCCGAGACCUCUGUCGAUUCCAACCCCGAAGCCGAAGCCGCUCAAAAAGCAGAAGAUGGCGCAAAGACAGCAGAGAAGAUCCGCUACGGUCAAUCAUUAAGCGAGAAUGGUAUGGGCGGUCAGACUACUGGUCUUGGAGAGGCAAACAGCAGUGCUGCAGAUGAGACUGCCGCGAGCGAGAGACAAAAGUCUGGAUACGGUGGUGACAAGGACAUGGACAGAAACAUUGGUGCAUAA